GGUGGCAGCAGGAAGUGCAAAAUGUUUUGACACAGAGAUGUUAUUGUAGGAUCCCGUUCACUUUUCCGUCCUUUCGUCGCAGGACAGCCGGUCAGACACAUCAAAUACAGAUAACCCUGCGCAAGAAAAUGCAAUCAUUAAGAAAGCGUCGAGGCAACGGUCCACAAACACCAGCUGAAAAUAGCACUUCUGAUGGCUUGAAGGAAACUAUCCCACAGAAGAAAAAGCAGCACUUUCAUUUUGACCUGUGGUUCUUCCUGACUCUGCAGAACUGGAUAUUGGACUUUGGAAGGCCUAUUGUGAUGAUCGUCCUUCCUCUUGAAUGGUUCCCCCUGAACAAACCCAGCGCUGGAGACUAUUUCCACAUGGCGUACAAUGUCAUAACACCUUUCCUGAUGCUCAAGUUGAUUGAGCGCAGUCCUAGAGCUCUGCCUCGCUCCUUAGUCUACCUCUGCAUCAUCAUCCUUGUAAUGGGGGCCAGUAUCCACCUGGUGGGGGACUCCAUCAACCAUCGGCUCGUCCUGAGUGGAUACCAGCUGCACCUGUCAGUCAGAGAUAACCCCAUCAUCAAGGAUCUCAAACCUGCCUCACUGAUCGAUUCCUUUGAGUUGCUGUAUUACUAUGAUGAGCAGCUGGGGCAUUUAAUGUGGUACAUUCCUUUCUUCACCAUUCUGUUCAUCUACUUCACUGGAUGUUUCACCAAGAACAAAGAACAGAGAGCCCUUCCAGUGAAUGGCUGGCUGUUGCUGGGACCCAGUGCUCUCUACUAUUGGUACUUGGUCACUGAAGGACAAAUCACUGAACUCUUCCUCCUUACAUUCCUUGGCAUGGUUGCCACGGUGAUAUAUCAGCAGCGCAAAGGCCUCUGUCCAGACAGCAACGGCCAGUUCGUGUUCUGCAGUUUCUGUCUUACUCUGCUCCUGUUGGUACUGUGGGUGGGCUAUCUGUGGAACGACUCAGUUCUACGCAACAAGUACCCUGGACUCAUUUAUGUGCCUGAACCCUGGUCCUACUACACCCUCCACAUCAAGAACAACCACUGACCACAUCUGUCCAGAUUUCCUGUGGAAACAUGGACAUGGACUCAGCUUUCAGCCAUAUAUUCAGGGCUGCUUUUGUGUUGGCUCCCUACACUUAGACCUCCACAGCUCUGAAGCGUGACAUUUGAUUAAAUGCCACACCAUUUAUACUGAUGGCAGAUUCAUGAAAAGCUGCUCCGAAUCCUUUGUUGUGGAAUCCAUCAGUAAUUAGGAACACAAGGAGAAAAAUCUCUUUUAAAAAACCCUGUUUAAUUAAAGUGUUAAAAUCACAGAGUGAUAUAAAGUGCCUCCAAAUCAGUGACAAAGGUCAGAGUUCACUCAAGUUGAAUACUGCUAAAUUCAUUUAAAAUGUUUCCUGCAACACUUGACCUGUGUCUGAGUUUGAAUCCAGAGACAGAAUGUACAGCGCCUGGGUUUGGUUCUCCCUCAGAAGCAUGAGUUCUUUUGGCUUCAGGAGAGAAAAGAAAGGAAAAAAAGGUAUUAUGGGAAAGAAGCACAAACAUUAACAGAAAACCAACUUUUGCAGAAAAUGUAAGAGCCAAAAACUAUAUUAUAAAUCAGAUAAAUAUGGGAAAAGAGAACAAACUGAAUGUUUAAAUAUUGAUGAUGAUGACUGAGCAGUAUUCUAUCAACUCUUGUUGGUUAGAAAGGAAUGUCAGAAAAUGUUUUAAAAGAAGACAAUGUAAAACUAUCAUUUAAAAAUAUUUUACCAUAUUUCUCAGGUAAUUCAAGGGGACUGACUUCAGUAAAAUCUAGAGCUGAAUACAGUUACUGCAUUCAGUUCUGUGUUCAUAUAUCCCUUUUGUCAUAUAUACCGGUUGUCAGCGUGCAUUAUGUAAUUAAUGGCAGCACAGUGUAUAUUUCUGUAUUAGUCUUGACUCACUAUAUUUGAGUCUAGUUUUACAGUGUUUGCUAUGAAAAGAAGAAAUUACAUGCAUUUUUUUAUUUAUUUUUUUAUUUUUUUUAACAAAUGAAGUCUUUUGAGCAAAAAUUCUGUUUAACUUAAGAUUUUUCAUUUAACCCAUGAAGACCCAGUGCUACUUUUGUGGCAGUUCCCAAAUGAUUUUUUUUCUUUAUUUAACCUUUCAUAAGUGAUUUAUCACCAUUUAUUAUAAUAUUAUCCUCUGUAUUUUGCAUUUUUAAGUGUAAAUCAUGUAUUUUCCUGUAUUGAAUUUAAUUAUCAUGGAGAUCUUCAUAUAAGUUCAGAGUAAAUUCAAAGGUUACUAUAUUAAAACAGAGAACUGAUGAAAAAGGGACCUUUUCUUUAAAGAUAUGAACUGAAGAUAAAAACCAGCCGCUGUCAUUGAUCCAACUCCAUGGGUUUUACUGGUGAAUCAAUGUUGUAGAAGAUGACGGUGUUUCCAUGGUAACUACGGAGCCUCUGA